AUGAGAUUGAUGGGUUCUCUUUUUGAAGAUUCCAUCUUGUUCUUUAAGGAUGCCAUGGCUGGUUUCAUGCAGGUCACGGCUGUAGGAACGGAGGCAUGUGUUGCUGAUAACUUUGUCAGACUGCUCUAUGCAGCGGAGGGUCAUUUAGAACCGAACAUGAACCAGGGCUUUCCCAGCGGCUAUCACCUCCGAUAUAUUCCAACUUUUUUGGUUCUUCGCAUCUUCUCCGCUCUAUUUCCCCCUCUUCUUCGAACACUGAGUCGCUUAAUCCAACAGAUUCGUGAUGCUGCUAAUAAUAGUUCUAUCCCUUCUACCACAAACUUUAGCCAAGGGGAAACAAUGGAUCCUGUUGGUCAACAGAAUUAUGACGCUCCCCGUUCAGUCUCUUCUACCUCAAAUUUUAGCCAAUGGGAUAUAUGGGAUCCCCCUAUUGGAGGUGGUGGAUUCGCAUUUGUUCAUGUUGCCUUUAACAGAGUAACCGGAGACUUUUGUGCUGUAAAGAAACUAAAAGACCCUGACAAUCUUGACAACAGAAGAUUUCUUAUUCAGGAAAUCGAAAUUCUCAGCCAACUGGAGCAUCCAAACAUUAUAAAGUAUCAUGGGAGUGAAAGAGUUGGAAACCAGAUAUGGCUAUUCACGGAAUAUGUUGAAACUGGGACACUCACAAAGUACAUAAGUGAACGAGACUCUUUCCAAGAACGUUUUGUUCGAGAUAUCACUCUACAAAUUCUCUCUGCAUUAGCUUACUUACACAGCAAAAGGAUAGUCCACAGGGAUAUCAAGCCCGAUAACGUACUCGUCGAUUCUUAUGGCUUUGUAAAGCUUAUUGACUUCGGUUUGGCUAAACAUGCAAGUACUUGA